AUCCAAAGCGGAGGUGUUCCUGCAGCUGCCCCUUCUGGGAUGAGGGGCAGUUCUUGAGUCUGGGGGCCUCUGAGGCGCUGCUCCGGACCAGCAUGCACCUGCUUCUUUUUGUCGCACCAGUCCUGUGUCUCCGUACCUCUCCGGCUGCCGGGUCUGUGGCCUCGCAGCCCGAGUCAGGUGUCCUGGGUAGCUUGAGGACACGGGGCUGGGCAGGUGCCGAGAGCCUGCGCCUGGCCCCGUCCUGCUGGGCUGAGCCACUAGGCGCCUGGAGCGAGGAGCCUCCGGGAGACUAUGAGCGGUCGCCUGCUCGGCUCUCGCCUACGCCUUCUGCUCCAAUUGCUUUCCUAAUCGAGCGGAAAAGCCGGGGGCGUGUUGCCGGGGCCCCAGAACGCUAGCGGGCUCGGCAGUGCAGCCUGAAGUCCGCGGGUGGACCUUCCCGCCCACGGGUCGUGCUGUCACUCGCCCUGCAGCCCCCAGCCAGCCAGAGGGCACCCCACACUGGCGUCAUAGGGUAAAGGGACCAGAGGCAGCUGAGUGACCAUGACCGCAGGCUUUACAGAGGCUUUCAGUGCAACAGGGGCUUGCGCUGGGAAGUUCCCCUCGCUUACAAUUCUGCAACUAUCCAUAAACAGCUACAUCCCGAUGUGUGCUAGGCAUUGGGAGUUACAGGGCUUGAGUCAGCAGCCCUAAGAAGGCUUGGAAGUGGGGGUAUGUGUCUGAGUGUGUGUGUGUGUGUGUGUGUGUGUGUGUAGAAACUAACCGAGCACCUAGUGCAGUGUCUGGCAACCAGUAAACCUUGGCUGAAUGAAUGAGAAGGUAAGUGGCUGAGGGAGCAGGGCUAGAGAGGGCAGCUCUGUUUUAUCCCACCCCUGCCUCCCCUGGGCUCAGUCAGACAAAAGUAAUUAGGUUGAGCCUUUAAUCACAGCUGGUUUCACAGGCAGGCGGACAAGGAAGAUCGGAGAAAGGCAGAAAUUCUAGGGACACAGCGUGCUGGCUUAUGGGCAGUGCCUCCCUCUGGGACCCCCUCCAGCCCCCACAGAUUCUCCGACAGUAAUCUCCUGUUUUCUUGUCUCCCUCAGGACACUGGGUUCCCUACGAGCUGCCCCAGGCUUAAUGAUUGUCCAGAAGGUGGCUAUAAAGGGAGCCUGGGAGGCUGGGUGGAGGAGGGAACAGAGAAAGCCUAACUCAGCAGAUCUGGUCACUGAGAGAGCCACAGGCAGGAGCUGUGGUCGGAGGCUUCGUGUCUUGGCCAGUGGGGCCUGCUCCCUUCCACCAUGGCCGCCCAAGGCUACGGCUAUUACCGCGCUGUGAUCUUCUCAGCCAUGUUUGGAGGCUACAGCCUGUACUACUUCAACCGCAAGACCUUCUCCUUUGUCAUGCCAUCGUUGGUGGAGGAGAUCCCUCUGGACAAGGACGACUUGGGGCUCAUCACCAGCAGCCAGUCGGCAGCCUACGCCAUCAGCAAGUUUGUGAGCGGGGUGCUGUCUGACCAGAUGAGUGCCCGCUGGCUCUUCUCUUCUGGGCUGCUUCUGGUCGGCCUGGUCAACGUAGUCUUUUCCUGGAGCUCCAUGGUACCUGUCUUUGCUGCUCUCUGGUUCCUCAAUGGCCUGGCACAGGGGCUGGGCUGGCCUCCCUGUGGGAAGAUCCUGCGGAAGUGGUUUGAGCCAUCUCAGUUUGGCACCUGGUGGGCCAUUCUGUCAACCAGCAUGAACCUGGCUGGAGGGCUGGGCCCUAUCCUGGCAACCAUCCUCGCCCAGAGCUAUAGCUGGCGCAGCACGCUGGCCCUGUCUGGGGCGCUCUGUGUAGUUGUCUCCUUCCUCUGUCUCCUGCUCAUCCACAAUGAACCCGCUGACGUUGGGCUCCGGAACCUGGACCCCGCCCCCUCCAAGGACAAGAAGGGCUCCUCGAAGGAGGAGAGUACUCUACAGGAGCUGCUGCUGUCCCCCUACCUGUGGGUACUCUCCACGGGCUACCUCGUGGUAUUUGGAGUAAAGACCUGCUGUACUGACUGGGGCCAGUUCUUCCUCAUCCAGGAGAAAGGACAAUCCGUCCUCGUGGGUAGCUCCUACAUGAGUGCCCUGGAGGUUGGGGGCCUUGUAGGCAGCAUCGCAGCUGGCUACCUGUCAGACCGGGCCAUGGCAAAGGCAGGCCUAUCCAUCUACGGGAACCCUCGCCAUGGCCUGUUGCUGCUCAUGAUGGCUGGCAUGACCGUGUCCAUGUACCUCUUCCGGGUCACUGUGACCAGUGACUCCUCCAAGCUCUGGAUCCUGGUGUUGGGAGCCCUGUUCGGUUUCUCCUCCUACGGUCCCAUUGCCUUGUUCGGAGUUAUAGCCAAUGAGAGUGCUCCUCCCAACUUGUGCGGCACCUCCCAUGCCAUUGUGGGACUCAUGGCCAACGUGGGCGGCUUUCUGGCUGGGCUGCCCUUCAGCACCAUUGCCAAGCACUAUAGCUGGAGCACGGCCUUCUGGGUGGCCGAAGUGAUCUGUGCAGUCAGCACAGUCGCCUUCUUUCUGCUACGAAACAUCCGCACGAAGAUGGGCCGAGUGCCCAAGAAGGCCGAGUGAAGACAGUACAGGCACCUGUGCAUCCUCUCCCACCUGUGGACCUUCCCCUGCACAGGGCUGGGGAGGUGCGGGGGCGGGGAGAAAGAAAGUGGGGCUGCUCCGGCUACCGAUGAACCUUGGAUCGCCUUUUUUGCUCCUUUUCCCUCGCCCAGGUGGCGCUCGAAGUUAUCAGUGGCUAAUGAGGUCCCAGCUCCCCAUCCUGUGCUCUAUUUAAAAGACAACUUUUGUUCUUGGGACUUCAUUAGCUCCAAUUUCCUGCCUUCAAACAGGAAACCCCUACAGUGAGGGAGUCUCCAAUACCCUCUUCCUCUCCUGGACACUGCCCUACCCCCACCCCACCCCACCCCACCCCAUCCCCACAAGAGGUGAGGCUCCUCCUGUAGCUGCAGGGCACCAAUGGGCCAUGAUUUCUGCCCUAAGGCCUCUUAGCACACAGUGACUGUUCUUGCCAAUACCUCAAGAUUCCAGGCAGAGAGGAGGCCAUCACUCUCACCAAUACCCUGGGAACACCGGGGCCUGGGUGGGAGGGAGGAAGACUUGAUAAAGAGAUUAAAACUAGAUUUGAUACUAAACACAGUGAGCCAUUCUUUCAAAAGGGGUAUUACAGACCAGAGACAGUUUUCCUUGGAAAAUAUUCUCUUGCUACCUGCUCUUUCCACCCCAAACAGGACAGACUUCAUUUCCUUGGAAUGGGAGAUCUGACGUAUACUCCUUUUAGCUUAUGUCUCCUUUGCCUUCAACUUUACACUGUAUAAUUCAAUGAUCAUUUUAGAGAUGAAGCUACUGGGUUUCAGACAAAUUAAAUACUUUGAUGGAGGGAAUCAGUAAA